UCCAACAAUUGUAUACUGUACAAUCACACAAAUAUUGAUCAACAUUUUGAUUUAGAUUUAAAUAAACAUUAGAAAAUAUUGUAUUGGAAUAACUGAAAUUAUAUUUUUGUUUCAGAUUCCUAUCAAUUGAUUCUCAAUUAUGAGUCCAGGGGAUGGUACUCAAGUAGCUGUAUUGAAUCGUGUUGAUGACUAUGUGGAAUUGCUAUAUGAUGACAUUCCUGAAAAAAUAAAAGGAUCAGCCCUUAUAUUACAGUUAGCAAGAAAUCCUGAUAAUUUAAUUGAACUGUCUAGAAAUGAGGCUUUAUUAAGUGCUUUAUCAAGGGUCCUUAGAGAAGAGUGGAAAAGAAGUAUUGAAUUGAGUACAAAUAUUGUGUAUACAUUUUUCUGUUUUUCUACUUAUAAUGAGUUUCAUCCAGUUAUCAUUCAAUAUAAAAUAGGAUCACUAUGUAUGGAUGUUAUAGACUAUGAACUUAAAAGAUAUGAUCAAUGGAAAGAAAAGGUUGAGGGUAAAAAGCCACUACUAACUCCAGAUAAGAGUGAAUUGCCAAAAAGUCGUAUACCUGAACCGAAACGCCGACCAAAGUCUGGUACAUGGGCUGUGGCCGAUGUCAAUAUACAAAAAUCUCGGACACUAGUAUCUAGUUAUCAUGAAGAUUUAUGCAAUAUCACUGAUGAGUGUCUCUCCAAAAAUGAUGAGGAACAAAUGAAAAGGAAACUAAAGACAUUAUCAAAAAGACAAGAACAAUUACUACGAGUAGCAUUUUAUAUGUUACUUAAUAUUGCAGACAAUGUUAAAGUGGAAGAAAAAAUGCACAAAAAAGAUAUAGUUGGCUUGCUUAUUGGAGCAAUGGAAAGGCAUUCAAAUAUUGAUUUACUAAUUCUAAUAGUUUCUUUUUUACAAAAGCUGUCUAUUUUUGUAGAAAAUAAAAAUAGUAUGGCUACAAGGGGUAUUAUAGACAAACUGGCACCUCUAUUAGAUUCACCAAAUGCAGACUUAGUCAAUGUUACACUAAAACUUCUAUUUAAUUUGACUUUUGACACAAAAUUGCGCAACAAGAUGAUUAAAAUGGGUUUACUACCCAAAUUCAUACAAUUCACAAGUGAUGAUAAACAUAUAACUUUAGCAAUGAAAAUUUUGUAUCAUUUGAGUAUGGACGAUAGAGUUAAAUUGUUGUUCACCCAAUCAGAUUGCGUGAAAUUGCUAACCGACAUGCUGCUACUAAAUGUUAAUAGUGAGAGUAAUCCAUCUAAUGGACCUGGAGUGACUGACGUUCUACUUGCGCUAUGUGUGAAUUUAGCUUGGUGUGAACGAGCCGCACAGCAAAUGGCUGCCGAGGGACGAUUACGGGAAUUACUUGCGCGCGCUUACCGUCACCGAAAUACUAUGCUCAUGAAACUAGUACGAAAUUUAUCGCACCAUGCGCAGAUCAAGCCACUAUUUGUAGUAAGUUAAAAUGUUUUUCAAUUGUUAUGAAUAUAAUUUUUAGAAUAGGUAUAAAACCUACUCUGAAUUUACUAUAUUCUCAGUUAUGCUAAUAAAGUAAUUAAAUUGGAAUACCAACAUAAUAUUUUGUUUACUACAAAUAGAUAUUUUUUUAGGAAUUUGUUGGUGAUAUUGCUGGUGCAGUUACAAGUGGUGAUGCGACAGAAGAAUUUACUAUUGAAUGCAUCGGAACCCUCAGCAAUAUUUUAAUAAUAAACAACAAUAUAGAUGUGUUUGCUGUUGUGGAGAGGUACAAUUUAAUACCAUGCAUCAUGAAAAUACUAGAUCCAGAGAGUACGUGCGAUCCAGAGUUAGUUCUGGAGGGCGUGGUGGCGGCGGGCGCGCUGGCCGGCGACGAGCGCGCGGCGUGUGCGCUGGUGCAGGCGGGCGGGGGCGGCGCGCUGGUGGCGCUGCUGCGGCUGCGGCAGGCGGACGACGAGCACGUGCUGCAAACUGUGUACGCAUUCAGGCAGAUACUGUCGCACCCCCGCGCCGCUGAGCAUCUGGUCACGCGCACAGAAGCACCGGCCUAUCUUAUCGAUCUGAUGCAAGACAAGAACGUUGAAAUAAGAAAAAUGUGCGAUUCUUGCCUCGAUAUUAUAUCUCAAAUGCAGAAUGAGUGGGCGGAGAGAAUAAAGGUGGAGAGAUUCCGUUGUCACAACGGCCAGUGGUUGUCAGUGGUGGAGACCCUGGGCGCGGAGGGCAGCGGCGGCGGCGGCGACACCAGCGACGACUUACCGCCGUACCUCUCCGCCGAGUACCUCACAACGCACCGGCUCACCACCUCGG